AGUCACUCUACAAGUGAGACCACACUUUUGAAUACGGAUGAAGAGGAUGUGAAUCUGUUGGUAGAUGAUUCACCGCGCAGUAAUGUCUCCAGUCAUGAUUCAAUGAAGAGCACAGAAAAUUUCAUUGGUAAAAUUAUCACGGAAGAUCAAACGGGCAACUGGAAGGACGUCGAGAGGGAGUUGCCAGAGUUGCGAGAGUGGAUCGGCAAAACUCCCUCCCUUUUCCUGCAUGAGCUGAAGAAGAAAAAUUUGGUUACGGAAGAGGCGUACUGGAGGGCAUUUACAAUUCCCGACGCCGCUAAGCGCGUGGACUCAAUCCUGUUGCCCAUCAUGAGACGAGGGGAAGGCGAAUGUCAACAGCUGCUGAAGAUACUCGGACAACAGCGGAGCACGGAACGGCAUUUCCUGGACAUGCUGAAGACGAGCCAUGUGUGCUCGCCCACUCUGAACCCCAACUCGGCACAUCGACAGCUUAAAAUGUCUGCCGAUCUCAGCACAGCGACGUGGAACCAGGCGGAUCAGCCUUACUCUGAUCACGCAGAAAGGUUUGAGUCGUGGCCAAUAGUCCUCUGCUUCGAGACCUUCUCGUCGGGUGACCACUACUGGGAAGUUGACGUGAGAGCCUCGGAAAACUGUUCUAUAGGUGUCGCACGUGGGUCGAUUCCUCGGAAAUGUCAAGAAAAGUCUGGCAGGUUGGGCUGGAAUGAGUCUUCUUGGGCGUUCAUUAAAUGGGAUUCGAAUUACUCUGCAAGACAUGACGGCCGAUGCAUUCCUUUUCCGGAGAUUCAGCAUUUGCAGAGAGUCGGCGUUCGCUUGGACUUCAACGCAGGAAAGCUUUCGUUUUACAACGCCAGCACCACGGAGCUGUUGCACUCAUUUGACGACAUUCCGAGUGAGCCGCUCUGUCCGGCUAUGCAGGUGAACUCGGGCUCAAUCAUGAUUUAUGAAGCUCAAUCAUUCAAGAACCUGGCUGUGGAUGAGAGCAGAGAAGACAUUCAGAUUUGUGAUCACUUUGUAAACAGUGGAGUUCAUCGCACAAAAAACACCGCUGCAGAGAAGGGUGACAGCGAAGAUACAUUGCUGACAACGAGGACAGAGGAACCUUCGGUGGUACGAGAUUUGAUCGGUAGGAUCCCUGCAAUGCAACAUCACGAGUUGCUCGUCCAGGGUCUCAUCACGCAAUCCGAGCUCUCAAAAGUCUAUUCGAUGCCCCGCGCGUCAGCACGAGCUGACUUCAUCAUAAGCCGCCUCGAUCGCAAGCAGGAAGAGCGCCCGCAACUCCAAAAGAUUCUGCGUGAACACCGUGAGAAGCAAGAUGCAUUCCUGAAAAUGCGGAGAGAAUCGAGCACUUGCUCGCCGACUCUGAACCCAAACACGGCACAUUGGAACCUCCAGAUUUCUGCCGACUUUAAAACCGUCAGGACUUCCUCACGCACCCAACAUUACCCGGACAAUCCAGACAGGUUCGACCACUACCGAGUGGUCAUUUGCUCUGAGAAAUUCUCAUCGGGUCGCUACUACUGGGAAGUGGACGUGAGAGGUUCUGAUAAAUUCAUCAUCGGUGUCACGUAUGACGCGAUACCACGGAAAGGUGAUGACGAAGCCUAUAAAAUUGGGUGCAAUGAAGUUUCGUGGAGCCUUAAGAAAUGGUGCAACGACUACACAGCGCUACAUAAAGAGACGGAAACAAAACUGUCGAUGCGAGAUGCUCCCAAAAGAGUCGGGGUUCACCUGGACUGGGAGGCGGGCGUCUUGUCAUUCUACAGCGCCGACUCCAUGUCGCUGCUGCAUCAAUUUCACCAAAAAUUUGAUCGAGAGCUGUACCCUGCAAUGGCCGUGCUGCGUAAAAGUCUCUCAAUAUGCCCGUUGCCGUGGCACAGACACUCGUCGUUAGAGAUGAGAGGCUCCUAUUAGAGCGGUCGCUCAUGCGACUCCUGUAUGUAUGUAGAGUAAUCCCUGGCCAACCGCGAGGGUUCAGGUUCCUGAAAACCCUCGCGGUUUGGUAAAGUUACAGGAGGCCCAUGGGUUGUAGGCGGGUAGGGGAACCACAGCCGAGGUCAGACUCGCCACAGCUGAACUAGGCUGCCUGUUUAUUAACUAAUCUAUGUUCCUGUGUAUGGUACAUUAUACAGUAACAUGAUACAACAUAAAUAAACAUGACAUUAACUUUACAUACCUUUACUAUUAACGAUGAUUAUAAUUAAAAGGAAGGCCGUAGCCAUGGAGUCAACAUUGGGGGGGACCAAAUCCUCCAGGCUGUCUGGGGUUUUAACCCAGAAAAAUAUCUAAAUUUGAAAACUCAUUUCCUGUCUAAAAUAUUAAGAAAUUCACUAACACAUGGGAUGGACUUUUUAUUUUUUACAAUAAUGUCGAAUAGUGUAUUGUAUUACAUUGUUCUGUUUUUCUAUUUUAUCAUUUCUUGUUUCAUUGUAUGUAAUGGCAGAGAUUAGGGAUUAAUAAAGUACAACCAUAACCAAUAUCGUAUAAACA